GAGUUGUCCGCUCUGAUCAUGUCUGCAGCUCUCCUCCUCCUUCGACUGAGCCUGGCCCUCUCUCUUCUCCACACACCGGCGAUCAGUUUCCCAAUCCAGCAGAACACGGUGUCAUCGUCUGGUGGCGCCAGGGCAGGGGACUCUAAGGCUCACGGUCCUCCUCACUUUACGGUCAACAUUUAUAACUAUUUCUUGGAGAUGAGAAUGAGUGACGAUGUAAAGAGGAUUGUUCAGCAAGGUCCCCAAAGAACGAUGUCACAGAAGAAGCUAACAUCAAAAGGCUGCUUGUCGAUGUUUAGUGUUCGUAAUCAACGCUUCUUGUGUGUGGAUUCCAAUGGCAAACUCUAUACUUCAACUGACAGGAAAAACCAAGACUGCCUUUUCCACUACGUUCGGGAAAAAAAACAGCGAGAAAUACUUCUAUCGUGCAGAGACGGGACGCUACUUAAUCUGAGAGAGUUUACGGCUCACGCAAAAUCUCCAGGCUCCGCAGAAACUUCUGCUCUUUAUGUGUUGCGGAGGCACGAUGCUCCCAGAGAGCAUACUCAAAACAGGCGGAAGCGAAGCCAAGAGGUGGACCCAUCCGACCCGCUGGGGUCCGAAAACCCAGACACGAGGCCCACGUAUGAUCAGAAACAGGACCAGGACCAGGACCCGCAGCAGGCAAGCUCCAUAUCCAAGGAGACCAUCAGGUCAUGUGACGACCCGUUGCAGGUUCUGCUUUCCAAUAGCCCAGUCAGUCCAAACCUGGAGAAGGAUAAGCAUGAAGAGGUGCAAGAAUAGAUUAGGUCACUACUGUGAAAAACUGAUUUUCUUUUGAAUGGAUGGCCCCAUCUAAGACUGUUGGAUGUUAUAUACAUUUUUGAUCAUCUAAUUUUUGGAAUUUGUUAAAAGAGAAAACUCAUCGUGCAUCACUCCAGGGCUUCACUGUUAGUCAUACUUCUCUUUUUUGCCUUGUACAUUGAACUAUUUGUAUUGUGCUCUAGAACUGUGUUUGGUUUUCCCAUAGCAUUGGUUCAAAGUGUGAUUAAAAUAGUCUAAAAAAAAAAAGAGGCAGUUUACACAGACUUGUGGGAAAUGGUCUUACAAAAUUAUCCUCAAUAAUGAAAUGAAAGAAAUAUGAGAUUAGCAAAAUUACCCACCAGUUUCACACAAAUAUGACACAUAAAAAAAUGUGAUUAUGCACCAUGUUGAUAUUGUUUUGUUUGGAUGGAAUAUGAUGUAGAACAAGUCCUUAUUUUUUUUUUUCUGGCAUUAGAGAGUUUGGUUGGCUUGACUCCUGCCUCUGCCCUUUAACCUCUUUUAGAGUUAAAAUUUAAACAGAAAUGGCAUUGGCCUUACAGCUGCUGGGUUUUUGCUAAGAACCUCAGUUUGUGUCAUGUCAACUGAUCGAUGUUAGCGACAGAGAAACUCAAAAUGUACUGUCCUACGUCACAAUCAGUGUAUAAUUGAUUGAAUAUUCCGUUCUGUUGUUGUAUUUAUCGAACUAGUUUCUUAUAGCGGACAAAAAUGUACGUUAAAAGUUCUCAUUAGAAUAGAGAUGUAACUCAAAGGACUAAAACUUCUUUGUACAGGGAAAUGGUGGAAAGGUGCUGGACACCUGAAAUAUAAAACGUGUUUUAUUUAUUGAAAUUGACAAAUUUUCUGUUAUUUAUAACAUUUUGUAUUGAUAUCUCAACUGUCUUAGAAUCAAAUAUUAAAAACGAUA